AUGAAAGUACGGGAGUUCGUCCAGAGCACUUUCAAAGCUACGGCAAAACAGCCUUCCACGGCGGAAUCACCUCGAUGCCAGUUAUUGCGGCGGCCGCUGAGGCUGCUAACUCACCUGGCUUUAUCCAAGGCCCUUGAACACGUGGGUGGACCCGGCUACCCGAGGACACCUGACGCACAAUCACAGUCACAGCGGCUCCGAUCCGUUUCGCAAUUCGGGUCACAGCACACGCGGCGAAGCGGCACAAUCGAGACGUGCGUCCGCGCCGAGCCCGCGCUCCGUUAUGAGCAGCGGAGCGCGAAUGGCGGACCGCAGACCUUACGCCCGCGCCAAAGAUCAAGCGCGCAGAUGGCCAAGCCGCCCGAUGUAAUUGGAAAA